UAUCUGUAUUUCCGUAUCGCUUUUAUUUUGUAGGGCGGAAAACGGAAGCAGUUUUGUUGCUAGCUUCUUCGCCUCUGUUCAACAUGCAUCUCUCACAGAUUCGUCUGUGUCACUAGAAGCGUCUGGAUUCUUUGGGAAAUUCCAUCGUUUUCAGGUUAGCACCAAGCUAACAGUUCGUGUCAGCCAGAAACCAGAAACACCGCAGCAGCAUCAUCAAUGGUGUGUCUACAUCCAGGAGCCGUCACAUUUUCCUGUGUCCGCUCAAUGACCCAUCUCCUCAGCUGUCAGCGCAGCUGCACAUGUAUGGCGUUUGCGAGGCUUGGAGGAGAGUUUUGCCAAGCUCAGCACCUGCUGGUUAUUGUGGACAAGUGAACAGGAGGAGGCGACCCGGCCCAGUCACUGCCAUUCACACUCACAGGUCCUUACUGCCAUCCUGUUGAUCACAUAUGAGGACAAGCCAACCGUUGGUGUGUGACUGUCCUGGGAGGAGUGGAGCCCGCCCCUUUCCUCCCUCCCUCUCUGCUGAUUGGCUGAAGUCUCUGAAUGGGCUGACACUCCGACGUUGAAGCUCCGUUUUCUUUUUGUAGACUUUUAUUUUUGUGUCAUUCUGAAACAUUUAUACAUUUGGUCUUUAACCAAGCCAGUUUUAAUUUACUGCCAUUAACGUUUUUAUUUAGUCAGCUUUUAUCAGACAGAACAUUUUUACUUUUUACCCACAAGGCAACAGAUUUUUAGCUGGAAGUACUUUUUGGAUUUGAGAAAUCUUUUUUUUUUUAGAAACUAGAGUAAAAACAAUUUUUACGCUACUAACGAAGUUCCUGAGGGUCUAAAGAUGAACCGACCGGCUCCGGUGGAGAUCUCCUACGAUUGUCUGAGGUUCCUCAUCACGCACAAUCCCACCAACGCACAACUGGGGAAGUUUAUAGAGGAUUUAAAGGCGUACGGAGUAAACACUCUGGUGAGAGUUUGUGCUUCUACGUACGACAAGACUCCGGUGGAACAGGAAGGGAUACAAGUCCUGGACUGGCCGUUUGAUGACGGUUCAGCUCCACCUGAGCAGGUGGUUGAUGAUUGGCUGAACCUGCUGCAGGUGAAGUUCAGGGAUGAACCUGGCUGCUGUGUGGCGGUGCACUGUGUGGCUGGCCUGGGCCGAGCUCCCGUGCUGGUGGCCCUAGCGCUGAUCGAGUGUGGGAUGGAGUACGAAGAUGCGGUCCAUCUAAUCAGACAGAAGCGUCGUGGAGCUCUGAACGCCAAGCAGCUCCAGUACCUGGAGAGCUACAAGCCCAAACUAUGCCUCCGCUCCAAAGACGUAAACGGGCAAAACUGCUGUGUGCAGUAGGAGCUCAGACAUGAGAGGGUGUCGCGUUUAUCUCCUCGUUGGUUUGUAGCAGAAACUCAUAAACACUUAGAAAAUAAAAAGAACCAAAUAAAAAGCUUUUGUUGUUCGUUUAAGAGGAAAACAUUUAUUCCAAAGUUCUCUGUUUGAUGUAUGUUUCAGCUCAAACAUUACGAACCGUGUAGCGUAUAAACGGAUUGUUCUGGUGUCGCCGCCACUGCUUCAUCAUUUCAGAGGCUGGAUAAACCACCGACCUACUGGAAACAGCCAGAACGAGCAGCCGAAACCAAAACUUCACUAGUUACAUGUAAAUAUGUCUAAAAUGUGUUCAGCGCUGAUAAAACCUGCUAGUUUAACACUAGUUUACUCCGAGCUUUAUUAAACCCGCUAAACGUUCCUCAGCAGCUGGUUGUGGCCAUAACUACAGCUGAAACGUGUGUGUGAAGGCUGGACCGAACAGAAGAGCUGAUGAAAACAGUGUGUUAGUGUGUUCCUGGGUUGGGGGCCAAAGUCUUCGUCCAUCUCACUCCGGUCUUCGUGCUGCUUUAGGGUUUCUCUGUACCUUUGUUUUCUUUAUUCUUGUAUCUGUUCUUAUUUAUUGUUUUUUUUUUUUGUGUUUCUUUGUGAAACGUCCAUCUGAUCAAGAAUCAGUCCGUUGGUAUUGGAUUAUUAAAGUCCUCGUUGUGCGCCA